AUGGCGACUAAUGGUCAUAAUGGUUUAGUAAAACAAAAUUCAAAAUCAACUGCUAUUGUUGAAGUUAAUUCAUUGAGAGAAGAUAAUCAACAUGUCAAUCCAGCUGAUCAUUAUGGUGUAACAUCGGACUAUUCAAUAAAUGUCGAUAGUAAUAAUACAAUUUAUUCGAAUGAAUACAUUGAAAGUAAGUAUACGUAUGAAAUGAAUCAUUGUGAAGUGGAUCAUCAAGCUCAACGAGUGGAAAUCGUUCCACGAAAAUAUCAAUAUAAUUUUCGUACACAACGACAAGUACAACGUACUGGUGUCAUGCUUGUUGGUUGGGCAGGAAAUAAUGGUUCAACAUUUACCGGUGCAACUAUUGCUAAUCGAGAUAAAAUAACAUGGAUGCGCAAAGAGGGUGAACAAUUUCCUAAUUAUUAUGGUUCGUUAACGCAAUCGACAACAAUUCGAAUUGGAAGUGAUAAUGAAGGAAAAGAAGUUCACAUACCAUUCAAUACAAUCUUACCAAUGUUACACCCGAAUGAUAUUGUUAUUGGUGGAUGGGAUAUAAAUUCAGCGAAUUUAUACGAAGCAAUGAAACGAGCUUAUGUAUUUGAUUAUGAAUUGCAAGAAAAAUUAAAACCAAAAAUGGCUGAACUCAAACCAUUACCAUCAAUCUAUUAUCCUGAUUUUAUUGCUGCGAAUCAAGAAGAUCGUGCUGAUAAUUUAAUACCUAAAGGAACUAAACAACAAGAUUUAGAACAUAUUCGAAAUGAUAUUCGAACAUUUAAAAAAAAUAACAAUUUAGACAAAGUGAUUGUUCUAUGGACAGCAAAUACUGAACGUUAUGUUGAUGUUCGUCAAGGUUUAAAUCAAACAAGUGACGAAAUUCUUCAAUCUAUUGCUGCUAAUGACGACGAAAUAAGCCCAUCGAAUAUAUUUGCUUGUGCUGCAAUAUUAGAAGGCUGUCCGUAUAUAAAUGGUAGUCCACAAAAUACAUUAGUACCAGGCAUCAUUGAGCUUGCUUCAAAACAUAAUGUUUUCAUUGGUGGUGAUGAUUUCAAAAGUGGACAAACAAAACUAAAAUCAGUUCUUGCUGAUUUUCUUGUUUCCGCUGGUUUAAAAAUUGAAUCGAUUGUUUCCUACAAUCAUUUAGGAAACAAUGAUGGUAAAAAUUUAAGUGCACCACAACAAUUUCGUUCGAAAGAAAUAAGUAAAUCCAAUGUUGUUGAUGACAUGGUCGGAGCUAAUCAUUUACUUUAUAAUAAGAAAAAAAAUGAACAUCCUGAUCAUGUCGUUGUGAUUAAAUAUGUUCCAUUUGUUAAAGAUUCAAAACGAGCAAUGGAUGAAUAUAUAUCAUCAAUAUUUAUGAAUGGUCUUAAUACGAUAGCUAUUCAUAAUACAUGUGAAGAUUCACUUUUAGCAUCACCAUUAAUUAUUGAUUUAGUUAUUUUAACUGAAUUAUUGACGCGUAUAACAUACAAGACCAAUGAUAGUGAGCAAUAUCAAUCAUUCGAACCGGUUCUAUCGAUUUUAUCUUACCUUCUUAAAGCUCCUGUCGUUCCACCAGGCACACCCGUUAUUAAUGCACUUUUUAAACAACAUCGUUGUAUUACUAACAUUCUUUCGGCAUGCGCUGGUAUCGCCAUGGAUACAGAUAUGUUAUUAGAACAUAAAACAAAUCUGCCUAAACCAAUGAAACUUCAAUUUUAA